CAAUUUUCUGGCUUAUGAUGAAGCUAUCAUGGCUCAACAAGACCGUAUCCAGCAGGAGAUAGCCACAACAAACCCACUGGUGUCAGAGAAGUUAGAGUUGUCUGUGCUUUACAAAGAGUAUGCUGAGGAUGACCAGGUCUAUCAGUUAAAAGUCAAGGACCUGCACAAACGUUAUUGCUGUAUACGGAAGACCAGACCAGAUGGCAACUGCUUCUAUCGAGCGUUUGGUUUUGCACAUCUGGAGGCUCUUCUCGAGGACAGCAAACAGUUACAAAAAUUUAAAGCUAUCGCCUCGAAGAGCAAAGAGGACCUCGUCACCCAGGGUUUCACUGAAUUCACAAUCGAGGAUUUCCACAACACGUUUAUGGAUGUGAUUGACCUAGUCGAGAAGCAGGGUUCAUUGUCUAACCUGAUGACAGCGUUUAAUGACCAGAGCACGUCUGACUAUCUGGUGGUUUACCUGAGACUCCUCACCUCCGGCUAUCUUCAGCGAGAAUCUGCUUUCUUUGAACAUUUCAUUGAGGGAGGCCGCACGGUGAAGGAAUUCUGUCAGCAGGAAGUGGAACCAAUGGCCAAGGAGAGUGACCACAUUCACAUCAUCGCAUUAGCGCAAGCUCUGAACACCUCAAUCCGGGUGGAAUAUAUGGACAGAGGCGAAGGAAACUCAACCAACCAGCAUAUCUUCCCCGAGGGCUCGGAGCCCAGAGUCUUCCUGUUGUACAGGCCAGGACAUUAUGACAUUCUCUAUAAAUAGCUUGUACAGAUCGAAACGUACACAAGAAGAUAUUGUACAGAGUUUGUGUGGGUUGUAAAUGAUGAUGGUCAUUCAGUUCCCCUUUGUUACAUGAACUGUCAUGUUAUUAAAGGGAGCCAGUCACUGAA